UUCAUUUUCAAACAAUGAAGUGAGAGCUUAAAGAAAGCCCAUGCCAUGGCCGCGGCGUCGGCAAUGUUCAAAAUCUUGAGCAGAUCUUCUUCAGGUUGCACGAGAACACCAAGACCCGAAACAGAUGCAUUCUGUUUUGUGGCGUUGAGAUUAUACAGUACGAGACGAAGCUGCAAUAGAAGAAAACUCUAUGCGAUGAUUAGUCCUCUCGGUGACCCUGACAGUAGUGUAGUUCCGGUUCUUAAUCAGUGGAUUAAGGAAGGCAGGAAGAUCAAGGACUUUGAGCUCCGAAGAAUCGUUCGUGACCUUCGUACUUGCCGGCGGUAUCGCCAAGCCCUUGAGGUGUCUGAAUGGAUGUGUAGCAAGGGACGUUUUUCCCUCACAACAAGAGACUUUGCCAUCCAGCUCGAUCUGAUUGGCCAAGUUCGGGGGUUGGAUUCUGCAGAGAAGUAUUUUGGGAGUGUCUCCAAACAAAAGGAAAUUGGUAAACUCUAUGGUGCUCUUCUAAAUUGUUAUGUCAGGGAAGGCCUUAUAGAUAAGUCCCUUGCCCAUAUGCAGAAGAUGAAGGAGAUGGGUUUUGCUUCCUCUCCCCUCUGCUACAAUGAUAUAAUGUGUCUAUAUUUGAACACUGGCCAGGCCGAUAAAGUUCCAAAUGUACUGUCUGAAAUGAAGGAGAAUGGUGUUCUUCCUGACAAUUUUAGCUAUAGAAUUUGUAUCAGUUCUUAUGGAGCUAGGUCUGAUGUAAUCAAUAUGGAAAACGUUUUGAAAGAAAUGGAGAGUCAAACUCACAUAUCCAUGGAUUGGAUUACUUAUUCAAUGGUCGCCGGUUUUUUCAUAAAAGCUGUUAUGCAUGACAAAGCAAGGAAUUAUCUUCGGAAAUGUGAGGACAGGGUUGAUCAAGACGCACUUGGCUUCAAUCAUCUCAUUUCACACUACACCAAUCUGGGACAUAAGAAUGAAGUAAUGAGAUUGUGGGCUCUUCAGAAGAAGGCUAAAAAGCAACUCAAUAGAGAUUAUAUAACCAUGUUGGGUUCUUUGGUAAAGCUGGACUUGCUGGAGGAAGCUGAGAAUCUGGUCAUGGAAUGGGAGUCAUCUUGCCAAUGUUAUGAUUUUCGAGUACCGAAUGUCGUUCUUAUUGGGUAUUCGCAAAAUGGUUUGAUUGAGAAAGCUGAAAAGAUGCUUCGAAACAUCAUCGUAAAUGGGAUGAUCCCAUCACCAAAUAGUUGGGGCAUUAUUGCAUCUGGGUACUUGGAAAAGCAGAACCUAGAGAAAGCUUUUGAGUGCAUGAAAGAAGCGCUUGCUGUGAAAGGGCAAAAUAAAGUUUGGAGGCCCAAACCUAAUGUUUUAUCAAGCAUCCUGAGAUGGCUAUCUGAAAAUAGAAGAUAUGAAGAGAUGAAAGAGUUUAUGAGUUCAUUGAAGACUGUACCUUCCAUGGAUGAAAAACUAAAUAGUGCCUUGGAUGAGCUUUUAGAAAUCAUGGAAAAUGACGAUGGACGAAGGUUGAAUUAGAGGUGAAGUGAUUUAUAAUUCUCAUAUUAAAUCACAACGUUGUUUAAGAAUCUGUACAAUGAAGUUUUGAGUUUGUUGUGAAUCUAGGAACUAGGAAUGUAUAUGUAAGAUAUUUCAUUGAAGUGAAACAUUUAGAGGAUAAAAUUUUCAAUCACAUUUUAUGGGCAGGUUUCAA